AUGUUUCAAUCUGCCACCAGUCUAAGAGUUCAACAUGGCCUCAUUGCCAUUGUUCGUGUGUUCAAGCGUAUUGCACUGCUGGAAGUCAGGGGAUCACUCAGUUCCACCGGUCAGCCGAAAGACCAGUGUCCCCUUUUCACCUCGGUGAUUUGUGUCCAAAGCUGUCCAUCAGAGUUUAGGCUGACGCUGGGCUCAACUGAGUGCCGCGAUCUUGUCGUCUUGAUGCUGGUCCACCGGGACUGCCGAGUCGACACAGGCAAGGUCGAGACUCUACUUCCUUCUGUGGAGGUGGGAGUGGGGGGCUCACACUUUUGGAUGCAAGGCGGGCCGAAUUAUGCUGACACCUUAAUUCGUUCAUCAACCCGUACCAAGCAAAGAUUAAUCCUCAAUCUAAAUCGAAUCAAAUUUAAUGACUAUCCUCCUCGAGGCAUGAUCAGUCAUUCUUGGAAAAAGAAUCUCGAAACUGCAUCUUGUUUCCAGAAUUUUGAGAUUGUUGUGUAUGGCAAAAAAAAUUUCCCCAAUAUCGAAUUCAUUAGUAUCGCUGGAGAGGACCAUGAA